UGUGCAGGUGGGCAGGCAGUGAGCAUGGGCCGAGUGUUGCUGCUCAGUGUGCUGGUGGCCGCCGCGUACGCGCAGACCGCCCUGGAUGAUGGAUUCUUGUCCACCGGCGAGCGCGCGGUGGGCGAGGCCGAGGGUCGCGACGCCGGGGAGCCGCUGCUGGACUUCCACUACCACGACCAUGAGCAGAUGACGCGCUUCCUGCGGGCCAUCUCCGCCAGGUAUCCGGCUCUCACCGCGCUGUACUCUAUUGGGAAGUCCGUUCAGGGUCGCGACCUGUGGGUGAUGGUGGUGUCGGCGUCCCCCUACGAGCACAUGAUCGGCAAGCCCGACGUCAAGUACGUCGCCAACAUACACGGCAACGAGGCCGUGGGGCGGGAGCUCUUGCUGCAUCUUAUUCAGCACUUCGUGACGUCAUACGACUCGGACCCGUACAUCAAGUGGCUGCUGGACAACACGCGCAUCCACCUCAUGCCGUCCAUGAACCCCGACGGGUUCGCCAUCUCCAAGGAGGGGCAGUGCGACACCAUCCACGGAAGAGCCAACGCCCGCCGGUACGACCUCAACCGGAACUUCCCGGACUACUUCAAGCAGAACACCAAGCAGCCGCAGCCGGAGACCGACGCGGUCAAGGAGUGGAUCAGCAAGAUCCAGUUCGUGCUGUCGGGGUCCCUCCACGGCGGUGCGCUGGUCGCCAGCUAUCCCUUCGACAACACGCCCAAUGCCAGAAUGUGCAGAUCGUCCGUCCUUUGUUCUGUGUUCCAAAGCCACGCGCACUCGCCGUCCAUCGCGCCGGACGACGACGUGUUCCGGCACCUGUCGCUCAUCUACUCCAAGAACCACGCCAAGAUGGGCCGCGGGGUCUCCUGCAAGUCCGGCUCGCCACGGUUCGAGAACGGCAUCACUAACGGCGCCGCUUGGUAUCCUCUUACUGGUGGAAUGCAGGACUACAACUACUUGUGGCACGGCUGCAUGGAGAUCACGCUGGAGAUCUCCUGCUGCAAGUACCCGCCGGCGCACGAGCUGCCCAAGUACUGGCAGGACAAUAAGCAGUCAAUGAUAAAAUACCUGGCGGAGGCGCACAGAGGGGCCCACGGGUUCGUGAUGGACGAGAACGGCAACCCCGUGGAGCGCGCGGCCGUGCGGGUGAAGGGCCGCGACGUGGUCUACCACACCACCAAGUAUGGCGAGUUCUGGCGCAUCCUGCUGCCGGGCACUUACCGGGUCGAUGUAUCAGCUGAAGGCUACAUCCCGCAGGAAGUAGAGUUUAUAGUCAUCGACAGCCAUCCCACCUUACUGAAUGUUACUCUGCACUCCGCCAAGCGAAUAGACGGCGGCGGUCCUUACUACCGGCCGGUGCCGCUGGCGCCGCGGCCGCUGCCGGGCCCCGCUCCCUCGCCCGGCAUCCUCGCAUCACUCACCUCGUCCUUCAACAGCAUCGUCUCCAACAUCUUCGGAUGAACACUCAUCAACGAACGGGCCAAUGAGCCAACCCUUUAUGGCACUUUCUCUCUUAGCCGCAGAUAUCGUAUCUUAGCGAUCAUAGCCAGAAGCCAGAUAUUCCGUUCAGCGAGUUAAGAGGUAUAUCGGCCUUUACAUAGGUAGCCCUAUAAGGCAGGAGUAUUCAUUAUGGUAAAUUUAAAUACUCGAUUGUAAAAGCGUAGGUACAAUUAAAUAUGACUGUCUAUUUUAUGAUAAGAUUUCCUUAAAAUAUCUACGUAGGUAUUAUUGAAUUUAAUGACUUGAAUGUUAAGAACUUAAAAUAAGUUAGGAAUCUAGUAUUUAUUGUGUAAAUAAUAGUUUUAAGAGUACUACUAUUUAAGGCCAAUAAAAUAUUUAAAACUUUAA